GAGGGUUUGCCUCCGUCAUUAACAGAGAAGAUAACUUCUUUCUCCUCACAAUCACAUGACCUCUGGACGACAAAAGUAAACCAUUGGAACGCCGUCCAUACGGAGCCAAAUCCUAGUUUUCUUCCUUCCAUGUCCGCUCGGCGGUAAUUGCCGGAAUCUGAAGCAUCGUAGCAGUUGACCGACCUCCAUGGCGGGAAAGUUAAAGCCCUGACGCAGUUGCCUCCUUUCCUUCUCUUCUUGGGGCACCAUACAAUUAGAUUGUUAUUUUCUUUUCUCAAGUUAAAAUAGAGAGAGGAUUAGAAAGAUAGGUAGAAAGUGAUAUGUACGUCGUUCCUCCUCCUCAGAGUUCCGAUGCAAAUGCAGCCGCUGGAGGUGCCGUUGGGCCGCCACCGCCUAGGACUUACCGGACCUGGAAAGGCAGUAAUAUAUUUUUUCUUCAAGGGAGAUUUAUUUUUGGACCAGAUGUGAGAUCGUUAUUUCUAACUAUAUUCCUUAUCACUGCUCCAGUCUCAAUUUUCUGUGUCUUUGUUGCCAGAAAAUUGAUUGAUGAUUUUUCUCACCAUUUGGGAAUCUCAAUAAUGGUUGUUGCUGUUGCAUUAACAUUAUAUAUUUUAGUUCUUCUUCUGUUAACCUCUGGAAGAGAUCCUGGUAUUAUACCUCGUAAUGCACAUCCUCCAGAGCCAGAGGGCUAUGAUGGGAGUUCUGAAGUUGGUGGUCAAACUCCACAGUUACGUUUGCCUCGCAUGAAGGAUGUUGUUGUCAAUGGGAUCACUGUGAAAAUCAAGUACUGUGAUACUUGCAUGCUUUAUAGACCUCCUCGCUGUUCACACUGUUCGAUCUGCAAUAACUGCGUGGAACGGUUUGAUCACCAUUGUCCCUGGGUCGGCCAGUGUAUUGGUUUGCGAAAUUAUCGGUUCUUCUUCAUGUUUGUCUUCUCAACAACUCUUCUUUGCAUAUAUGUGUUUGGAUUCUGCUGGGUCUACAUCACGAGGAUCAUGGAUGCUGAGGAGACCACAAUUUGGAAGGCAAUGACCAAAACACCUGCCUCCAUUGUGUUGAUUAUUUACACAUUCAUUUCAGUUUGGUUUGUAGGUGGCCUCACUGUUUUUCAUUUAUAUCUCAUCAGUACAAACCAGACUACCUAUGAGAACUUUAGAUACCGAUAUGAUCGACGAGCCAAUCCAUACAACAAAGGAGUGGCAGAGAACUUCAAGGAGAUAUUCUGCACCAGCAUUCCAUUAUCCAAAAACAAAUUCAGGGCAAGGGUGCAACGGGAGCCUGUGUUACCACCUCGUACUGUGGGUGGUGGUUUUAUUAGCCCCAACAUGGGAAAAGCUGUGGGAGACAUAGAAAUGGGUAGAAAGCCUACAUGGGGUGAGGCUGGGGCUGAGUCAGGUGACUUUGAAGGGCAGCAUAGCAAUGAUGAUGGCGGAGACAACAAGGAUGGUGGGUUCGAUGAUGCCUCACCAGAUUUAAGCAGGGCAUAUCCUGCAGAUGGUACCAAAGGGCGUGCAGGAGUACAUCCUAGGCGCUCAAGUUGGGGACGGAAAAGCGGGAGCUGGGAAAUAUCUCCAGAAGAAGUUCUUGCAAUGGCGGCUGGAGUUGGUGAAUCAAAUCGGGUUGGAAGUGGGAGUGGUGCCAGCGCGACAACAGGCAACCAAGAUUCUCAGUCAGACUCUAGGCUAUAGAAACCAAACUGAACAGGGUAAAAUUAUUGCAAUUAGUAUGGAGUGGGAUGUUUGGACCCUGACGCCUCCCCUUGGCAGCUGAUCAUCGAGGAAAUUAACUGGGUUUAUGACAGCAGGAUAGCCAGAAUGACAAUAUCAGUUGGGCACUCGAACUCUACGCUGUAAAAAGAAAUAAGAGCGCGUUAAGAGGAAAUGGGCAUGGUAGGUUGCAAUUUGGGUGGUUUGGGGCAUGACGCUUUGCUGGUCAUCUUCCACGUUAUUGCUGUGUUUACUUUCGUAUGGUAUGGGGCUUGUUUGGUUGGUUGAACUUGAAGGGGGCAUGAUAUUUGGGUCAUUGUAUAUCUAGGAGGAAUAGUGUGCCUUUAUGAGUUUUAUUUUUUUCGCUUCUGUUUUUCCUCUCUUCUAAGCCUUGGUUAUGACGCAGUUUGUGGAAUAGGUAUUUGUCUUGUUAUUGCUUUCUGUUUCUGAAGAUCAAUGUUUCCACGUCUCUAAUAUAUGAAUCUUUGGUGAAGACGUUUCCUGCCGAGCAGCGGCAGCCAACAAGACCUUACUGCUGGGGCCUGUGAGUACAGAGCUUUUAUUAAUAUUCAUGUACAGCUGCUGCGUGCUAUUACUUUGCA